AUGAGCGAAGAAAUAGACAAGCAUGUGCUGCGUCGGUUCGAGAUUUGCCAGAAACUUGGCAAAGGGGCAUACGGCGUCGUCUGGAAGGCCAUCGAAAAACGUACUCGUCAAGUCCUGGCCCUGAAGAAGUGCUUCGAUGCCUUCAGAAACGCCACCGAUGCUCAGCGUACGUUCCGGGAGAUCAUGUACCUGCAAGCUCUGGCUGGACACGACAACCUAAUAAGACUCCAGCAUGUAGUAAAGGCUGAAAAUGGGCGGGACAUCUACCUUACCUUCGACCAUAUGGAGACAGACCUCCACGCCGUCAUUCGAGCCAACAUUCUGGAGGAGAUCCACAAGAAAUACAUCAUCUACCAGUUGGUGAAAGCGCUUAAAUUUAUGCACUCAGCUGAUCUCCUGCACCGAGAUAUCAAGCCUAGCAAUCUACUUCUUAAUAGCGAUUGCCACGUGAAGCUGUGCGACUUCGGUCUGUGCAGAAACAUCGCCGAGACAGCUGGGCCUCAACCACACUUGACAGAUUAUGUCGCGACUCGUUGGUAUCGGGCCCCUGAGAUUUUGCUCGGGUCGCCUCGCUACACGAAAGGAGUCGACAUGUGGGCGGUUGGGUGCAUCCUGGGAGAAAUGUUGAGUGGCAGGCCAACUUUUCCUGGGACUUCCACGAUGAAUCAGGUAUGUAUCAUCAAUCUUUGGGUAUCGCGUCAAACUUCUACGCUGACGAUAAUGUGUUGGGGGCUCCAAUCCAACAUGGUCCAUUUGGCGCGUCUUGUUUUCUGCUGGCAUCGACCAUCCCAGCUGGAAAAAAUAAUGGAAUCUACCGGACGGCCUUCACCGGAGGACGUCCAGUCCAUCAAAUCUCCGUUCGCCGGGACGAUGCUCGAAUCCAUCCCACCAACCCGACAAAUAUCCUUGAACGAGGUUUUUUCAAGCGCGUCAGCGCAGGCUCUGGACCUGAUGUCCCAAUGCCUGCAAUUCAACCCCGACAAGCGCGUCCGUGCUGCUGACGCCCUCAAGCACCCGUACGUUGCCGAGUUUCACAACCCGGACGACGAGCCCGACUACCCACACGGGGCAAUCCAGAUUACUAUCGACAAGGGUGUCAUCGACGACAACACCAAGUUUUCUGCUGCUGACUAUCGAGAAAUGCUUUAUAAAGACAUCAACAACAGGCGAAAGGAGGCUCGUCGCACGGAACAAGCUCGACAAUCAUCCGGGCGUGCCACGGCACCUGUUAACGAGAAGACAGCGUGA